AUGACUGACCCUGCCAUCCUCGCGGCCUUUGGGCCUCCCCCUGCCAAUGUCAAUCUGGCGGAAAGCAGCGUGAGGGUCAACAACGGCGCAGUAAUUGGGCUUCUCUGUGCGUCUUUUGUGCUUGUCAUUUUGCGGUUUAUUGCGAGGUUGACGCUCCGCAAUCCGCUUCUUGCUGACGACUGGGCGAUUAUUGCGGCAUUGUGCUGUAUAGGCGCGACAACUGGAUUGAGCGUUUCAGGCAGCUUCGUGGGCGCAGGGAGACACGUGUGGGCCGUCUCAUUAGACGAUUUGAUGAAGCUAUACAGAUUCCUCUUCUCGUACACCUUCAUCUACGGCGCAGGCUGCACCUGCACCCGAGUCUCCAUCCUCUUCUUCUACCGACGCAUCUUCUCCCCGCUCGAAAAACCGCUGAAAAUCGCCCUCCUCUUCGCCAGCUUCAUCACGAUCGCAUACCCCCUCAUCAUCUGGAUCACAAUGGCCAACGCCUGCAAGCCCCUCAGUUUCUUCUGGACCCAGUUCAGCGGCAAGACCAAUGGCAAAUGCAUCAACAUCAACCAGUUCUUCCUGGCACUGGGGAUCCUCAAUAUGCUGAACGACUUUAUUAUCCUCGCGCUGCCGUUUCCCCGGAUUAUCAAGCUGCAGAUGACGCUGCAGAAGAAGGUUGCUAUUUGCUGUAUCAUGGCUGUAGGGAUUUUCGUCUGCGUCGCAAGUAUCCUCCGCAUCCACUUCCUCAGCCUCUUCAUGAACACCGCAGACGUAACCUACCUCAUGGGCCCCGUUUUCAUCUGGUCCACCAUCGAGCCCUCCGUCGCAAUCGUCUGCGCGUGCCUCCCCCACCUCGCGCCCCUCGCCCGCAUCGCCACCCGCUCCAUCUCGAGCAGUUUCCGCUCGCGCCGCUCAACAGGGAAGGGGACGGGGACGGGGACGCGGGGGUCUGGUGGAAGGGCGCUUGAGUCAGACCACCACCAUCAUCAUCAUAAAGGGGGUAAUAUCCUCGGGAACAGAGGCCAGCCGUUUCAGUAUGGGUUUAACUUUAAUCGCCUGGAUAGCAGUAAGAGUAAGGAUCAGGGCCUCGAUGAUGAUGAGAUUGGCUUGACGAAUUAUGUCACUGCGGGCAAUGAUACUGCGUCGAUUGCGCCGGAUGGGCGUGCGGUUAAGGGCGAGAUUACGGUCAAGUCGAGCUUUGUGCAGUCUUCGACUAGGGAUGGUUUAUGA